AUGAUUGGGUCAGGAAUUUUGGCCCCUGCCUCACUAUCGGCUGCCGUACCCUCCGAAGACACUUGCAACGACCCGAACGCAGAGAAUAUCUCACCAGCCUCAUGUUCUACCGAAGCGAGCAACCUUCCUACGACGGAACUUAAGCAAAUCCUGCGACGCAAUGGCGACCUUGCCCUACCGGCCCUCAGACUCUUAGAUUUGUAUCUAUGUCUAUGGGAAAGUUACGUCGUUAAAUCUGCGGAGAGUAUCCGGCUUGAAGAUGAGCGGCGUCACAUAUGCGAGUUAAACGAAUCGCUGGAAGACGAGACUGAUAUUCUCCUCCAGUACUGCAACCGACAGGCAGUGGAGUUAGAGAGUCGGAAAAGGACAGUGAAUGCAUUCCACGCGAAUGCCAUGUCGGCUUUACAAAACAUCGACCUCCCUUAA